GGUCGCACAACGCCUAGAGUGCUAGCAUGCAACCCCUCAGCCUCAAACCAUCUGUACAGGAUACGCUCAGUCAUGGGAGUCUGCUACCUCAACUAUGCAAUCUCCACUAUCAAUAAUUUAAUCUAUUUGCUCCAAAGCUGAAGAGACAACCAGAGGCUGCCUGGGAAAAUUGGAAGGGAAAUACAACAAAAAAUAACCAUAACAAUUGCGCGGAGCGUUCUUCAAAACAUCCCAGAUGACUCUGUCCUGUUGAGUGGUCUACUUUACGACUGGGAAGUAAAAGUUCCACCGGGUGAGAAGAGUGAUGACCAUCCUGUUCCUGACUAUGGUGAUUUCGUACUUCAGUUGCUUGAGAGCCAUGCCCCUGAGAGAGGGACCCGGGGUCGGGGUCGGGGUCGGAGUGAGGGCGGGGCACCGGCUGGAGGCGGGGGGCCUCCUGGGCGCCGCAGCAACGCUGGGCCGGGGCCACGGGACUCCACAGAGCGGCGCCGGGGGCCUCCCCUCGCUCUCGGACACCUUCGAGCAGGUCAUCGAGGAGCUGCUGGAGGACGCGGGCGCCGCCGAGGAGAGGGAGGGGGGUAACGGCCUGGACCCCCGCGGCCUGGACCCGCGAGGGGUGAACGAGGUGCCCCAGGGCCCCGGCGGAGGAGGGCCCGGCGCAGCAGCAUCAUCAUCGGCGGCGGCGGCGGCGGCAUCGGCGGUGGCAGCGGAGGCCAAGGACGUGGACCUGUACGCCUCGCGCGUCAUGCUCAGCAACCAAGUGCCUUUGGAGCCGCCGCUUCUCUUCCUGCUGGAGGAAUACAAAAACUACCUGGACGCGGCCAACAUGUCCAUGCGCGUGCGGCGCCACUCGGACCCGUCCCGGCGCGGGGAGCUGAGCGUGUGUGACAGUAUUAGCCAGUGGGUGACCGCCGUGGACAAAAAGACGGCCAUAGACAUGUCUGGGCAGACGGUCACCGUCAUGGAGAAAGUGCCGGUGCCCAGUGGUCAGCUCAAGCAAUAUUUUUACGAGACCAAAUGCAACCCGCAGGGAUACACUAAGGACGGCUGCCGGGGUAUUGACAAGAGGCACUACAACUCACAAUGCCGGACAACCCAGUCCUACGUGCGCGCCCUCACCCGGGAUAGCAAAAACAAGAUGGGGUGGCGUUUUAUAAGGAUAGACACCUCCUGUGUUUGCACACUGACCAUCAAGAGAGGAAGAUAGUGUAUACAAUGUAUAGAUUUUAUUGAGAGUUCUAAAAAAGAGAGAAAAAAUAUCUAUUUGUAUAUAUACAUAACAGGGUAAAUUAUUCCAUCAGAUGAGAAUUUUAUGGACUGCAUGUAAAAAAGAUGAGGUUUAUACAGUAAAGUGAUACUACAGUCUAUUUAUUGAACAUAUUCAUGACCUUGUAAACAAUUAAAAACAGAUCUGAUCAGUCUCUCGCUCCCAGUUUAAAUUACUAUAUCACUUUCCUCAAGACAUUGUGUUCUUUUUUUAUGUUGCCAAGAAUUCGGUUUCAGUCAAGUCAGAAGAUACAGACGGGGCAAGACUCCCAUACUUAAAAAAUGAAAAAAAUGAAAAACGUGAAAAAGCUACUUGCAUGCUGCUUCUAUUGUGAAUUGAGAAACUGUCCACUUCGGGAAAACAAGGAAAUGAUACCGACCAAAACAUUCCGUUUACAUAUUCUCAACAGAUGAAGGGUUACUUCUCCUCUCCUCUCAGUACAGUUCUGUUUGCUAGUCCAAUCUUCUCAAGGUAAUGUUGAAAUUACAUACUAUGUCAAGGUGCUGUUGUCAAAGCUUUGCUGUUUUAUUUUUUUAUCCCCACAA